ACAGCUGAAUACAGAAAAAAAGAAUUAAGAAAUGCCAAUUGCCAAAAUAAAAACAGUCCACAAAAAUGGUUUAGAUCUCUUUAUUUUACAAAAUCGUUAUGUAUUUUUUAAAACGUACUUGUGAUUUUAAAUCAAUAUGCACAAUUGUACGUUUAAACAGUCAAAUUCGAAAAUCGCACUACGACAUUCUCAAUUUACGCAAAAAUUGUUCAGACAAAGAAAUUAAAAAUGCUUUUAUUCAAAUGAGUAAAGAGUAUCACCCAGAUAAGAAUAAAGAUGCUAAAGCUCAAGAAAAGUUUGUUAAGAUUGUUGAAGCAUAUAACAUUUUAAGUAAACCAAGCAGCAGGGCACAAUAUGACAAUAUAAUGGACAGCCAAGUAAGGACUCAUUCAUAUGUGUAUAGAACACAUUCACCUUACAACGUGAGAAAGAAUACAGCAUAUAACUUUUAUGAGCAGCCCAAGAACAAAGCAAAUGAUGAAAAAACUGGAUAUUAUGGAGUGAAAGGUUUAAAUAAACUUUCAAAUCUGGCCAUAACAGUACUAUGUUUCACUGUAGCUAUGGUUGGGGCUGUAAUACAACUUGUUGUAAUCAGACAGUCAUAUUUAGUACAUCGAAGGAGGACACAAGAAAAGUCAAAGAUGUUAGCGGAAGAAUUAGAAAAAGUACGAGAAAGUGCAAAAGGGAAAACUAAUAGUAUGCAGACACAAGCUUUGUUAGACAAAAUUGUAAGCUCGUCGAACUCUACAGUGGCCACUGCGUCAUUAGGUCAAGCGUUGGCCAAUGAAAAAAUAAAUCAUAAAAAGUGAUUAGGUUUAGAUACAAAUGCUUAUGAAUUUUAUCCUAAAUAAGAAUUUUUAUUGUAUGACUCGGAUAAUAUUCUUAACGGCAAGAAAUUAUGUGAACAAUCAUAUUCUAUAACUAAAUAAAUAAUUUAAAUUAUACAGAAAUUAAUUUUAAAUUAAAUUACUAAAAUAAUCUAAAUGUACCUUUAAAACGAAUCUUCCACUUCAAGACAAUUUCUGUAAUUUAUUUGCUGCCUUAUUUAACAUCACAGGUUAUUUUUUUUAUAAAGGGAGCGUUCAAGUUUUAUGUGACAAAUUUUGGGGGGUUUGGGGGGGGGAGAUGGUUAAGAACGCUCCCAAAUUCAAACAAAAUUAUUUAAAAAUGCGACAUAUGAAUAAAACCUUCAUUCACCCUUUAAAACUAUGAAUAUAAUGUAUUCAUACAUAUUUAAUUAUAUUAUUAUGGCAUAUUUAUGUAAUUAUUUUAUUUAAACAUUGAACAUGAUAACAAUUAACUACAAAAAACCUAAAGAGUAAAGACAUGUUUAACAAUUACUUGGAAACUAGAAAAAAUUAUUAUGUUUCCGAGUAUUAUAUUGAAAAUAAUUGUAUUUAAUAUGACUUAUUGUAAUAUAAAUUGACUGGUAUUUUGAGAUAAUGGAAAAUGUUAUUUUUUUAAUGUUUACACAGCAGCAACACAGGUUCUUGUUACACAGCAUAGUAACCUAAUAAUAUGUAAAUAAAAAUAGCGAACUUAAAAUAGAAUAAAUACAUACAGAUUUUGUGGUACUACCUCAAUUUAUUUUUGUAAA